AUGGUAUUAUUUGUAGAAUUUAUAGUGACUGCCCACAUGAGCAUUAUAUUUUCUUGUCCAUCUUUUCCUGCGCAUUUGUCAUCAUCUGUCUCAUCUGUCCCACUUCUCACGGGAAUCAACUUAUCAGAAUGGAAAGAGAAAGUUGAAUUCACCUUGGGAGUACUUGAUCUGGAUUUGGCUCUUCAAAUUGAAGAGCCAGCUCCUCUUACAGAAACAAGUAAUGAUGAACAAAAGACUCUCCAUAAAGCUUGGGAGAAGUCUAACAGAUUGAGCCUUAUGUUUUUACGUAUGACAAUUGCUAGCAACAUCAAAACUUCCCUACCUAAACCGGUAAAUGCUAAGGAUUAUUUACAAGUAAUAGAAGAUCGGUUUAAGACUGCAGACAAAUCCCUUGCGGGAAAACUUAUGGCAGAUCUUACAACCAGAAGUUUGAUGGCACACUCUCAAUGCAUGAUCAUGUCAUUGAGAUGA